AUGCAGCAGGAGAUUCCCAUAGCAAUAACGCUGGACAACAGCGAAGAGUCUACUCCCACGACACUAUGCUACGAGUGCGGUGCGCCUUUAAAGGGAACGACACUCUGCACUGACUGCAUCAAAACCUCGGUCGACAUCUCGGCGGGCAUCCAGCGCGACGCGGUUGUACACUACUGUCGGGACUGCGAGCGAUGGCUCUCACCCCCGGCAACCUGGACGGUCGCCGCCCCGGAGUCGCGCGAGCUAUUGGCUCUGUGCCUGCGCAAGCUGAAACGCCUCAACAAAGUGCGGGUGAUGGACGCCUCAUUCAUCUGGACGGAGCCGCACUCGCGGCGCAUCAAGCUCAAGCUCACGGUGCAGGACUCGCUGGACAACGACGCCCUCGUCCAACAGAGCUUCGAGGUGACGUACGCCGUGCUGUACCUGCAGUGCCCGGACUGCAAGAAGUCGUACACGCACAACCACUGGCGGGCCAGCGUGCAGGUGCGCCAGGCGGUCAUGCACAAGCGGACCUUCCUCUACCUCGAGCAGCUGAUCCUCAAGCACAAGGCGCACAACGAGACGAUUAACAUCAAGGAGGCGCGCAACGGCGUCGACUUCUUCUUCGCGCAGCGCAACCACGCCGAGGCCUUCGUCGACUUUCUGCAUUCCGUCGUGCCCAUCGAGGUCACCAAGUCCCAGACGCUGAUCUCGGAGAACAUCCACACGUCCAAGAAGUCGUACAAGUUCAGCUACUCGGUCAAGCUCGUGCCGGUAUGCAAGGAUGACCUCGUCGCAUUACCGAUCAAGCUCGCGCGACAGAUCGGCAACAUCGCCCCCUUGGUGCUGUGCCAGCGCGUCGGCACCUCCAUCACCUUCCUUGACCCCAACACCCUCCAGACUGCCGACCUGCAGCCCAAGAUCUACUGGCGCGCGCCGUUCACGCCGCUCGCGGAGGCGCCCAACCUCGUCGAGUUCAUUGUCCUCGACAUCGAUCUCACCGGUCAAGGCGAGGGCAAGUGGCAACUCGCCGAGGUGACGGUCGCGCGCGCCUCGGACUUUGGCGGGGAUCGGCAGUACUUCACGCGAUCGCAUCUUGGGAGCAUCCUGCACCCAGGCGACUCGGUGCUGGGUUACAUGAUCACAGGGGCCAACUUCAAUAGUCCCGAGUUCGAGGCUCUCGAGGAGUCGAAGACCUACGCCUCUCGGAUUCCCGACGUGGUGCUGGUAAAGAAGCACUACCCACGGCAGCACAAGAAGAACAAACGCAAUUGGAAGCUUAAGCGGAUGGCGGUCGGGGAGAGUGAGCUGCUGCCCACCGACCACGAGCAAAGCCGCGUGGAGAACGAUCUCGAGAUGUUCCUGCGGGAUGUGGAGGAGGAUGAGGAGCUACGGGCGACCCUCGCGCUGUACAAGAACAAGCCUAAGGAUGAUGAAGUCAGCGUGGCGGGGACCGAGUGGACCGAUGGCGAGGUGCCAAAAGUCAACAUGGAGGAGCUGUUAGAUGAUAUGGAUGCGUUGGAGAUUCAUGAAUCCUAG